CGUCCCGGACUCCUCGCGGACUGCAGCGGCGCCCGAGCCGUGCGUCCCCGCGCGCCGGCGCCCUGCCCUCCCUCCAUGGCGUUUAUCCGGAAGAAGCGGCGGGAGCAGCAGCUGCAGCUCUACUCCAAGGAGAGAUUUUCCUUGCUCCUACUUAACUUGGAGGAAUACUACUUUGAACAACAUACAGCUAAUCAUAUUCAGAACAAGGGUGGUCACCACGAAAGGAAAAUCAGAGGCUCCUUAAAAAUAUGUUCAAAAUCAGUUAUUUUUGAACCAGAUGCAAUGUCCCAGCCCAUCAUUAAGAUUCCUUUGAGAGAUUGUAUAAAAAUAGGAAAACAUGAAGAAAAUGGAUCCAGUAGACACUUUACAAAGGCAAAAUCUGGGGCGAUUUCACUCCUUUUCAGUCAGGUAUAUUUCAUUAAAGAACACAAUAUUGUUGCGCCGUAUAAAAUAGAAAGGGGCACAAUGGAGUAUGUUUUUGAAUUGGAUGUUUCAGGGAAAGUGGAAGAUGUCGUGGAAACGUUGCUUCAGCUUCACAGAGCGUCCUGCCUUGACAAACUUGGGGACCAAACUGCUAUGAUAACCGCUAUUUUGCAGUCGCGUUUGGCUAGGACAUCAUUUGACAAGAACAGAUUCCAGAGCGUUUCUGAAAAGCUGCACAUGGAAUGCCAGGCAGAAAUGGUGACCCCGCUGGUGACGAACCCUGGACACGUGUGCAUCACGGACACAAACCUGUACUUCCAGCCUCUCAACGGCCACCCGAAACCCGUGGUGCAGAUAACACUCCAGGAUGUCCGCCGCAUUUACAAGAGGAGACAUGGCCUCAUGCCUUUGGGCUUGGAAGUGUUUUGCACCGAAGAUGACCUCUGUUCUGACAUCUACCUGAAGUUCUAUGAACCUCAAGACAGAGAUGACCUCUAUUUUUAUAUUGCCACGUAUCUAGAGCACCACGUCGCGGAGCGCACGGCCGAAAGCUACACCCUGCAGUGGCAGCGCGGGCACCUCUCCAACUACCAGUACCUCCUGCACCUCAACAACCUGGCCGACCGCAGCUGCAACGACCUCUCUCAGUACCCGGUGUUUCCGUGGAUAAUAAACGAUUACUGCAGCGCAGAACUGGAUUUGUCCAAUCCAGGAACGUUCCGGGAUCUCAGCAGGCCAGUAGGGGCUCUAAACAAGGAACGGCUGGAAAGACUUCUGAGCCGCUACCAGGAAAUGCCAGAGCCAAAGUUCAUGUACGGCAGUCACUACUCUUCUCCGGGCUACGUGCUGUUUUACCUUGUUAGGAUCGCACCAGAGUACAUGCUGUGCCUGCAGAACGGAAGGUUUGAUAAUGCAGACAGAAUGUUCAACAGUAUUGCAGAAACUUGGAAAAACUGUUUGGAUGGUGCCACAGACUUUAAAGAGUUGAUUCCAGAAUUCUAUGGCGAUGAUGUCAGCUUUUUAGUUAAUAGUCUGAAGUUGGAUCUGGGCAAGAGACAAGGAGGGCAGAUGGUGGAUGACGUUGAACUUCCGCCCUGGGCACGGAGUCCCGAGGACUUUCUCCAGAAGAGCAAAGAGGCGUUGGAAAGCGGUUACGUGUCAGAACACCUUCAUGAGUGGAUCGAUCUAAUAUUUGGCUACAAGCAAAAAGGCACCGAUGCUGUUGGGGCCCAUAACGUAUUUCAUCCGCUGACCUACGAAGGAGGUGUAGACUUGAACAGCAUCGAGGACCCUGAUGAGAAAGUGGCCAUGCUAACCCAAAUCUUGGAAUUUGGGCAGACGCCAAAACAGCUCUUUGUGACGCCCCAUCCUCGACGGAUCACCCCAAAGUGUAAAAGUUUCUCCCAGACCUGCGGUCAUAAUGCUCCCCUAGUGGAUUCUCCAGUCUCUCCAGGUGAAGAGUCUUUUGAGGACCUGACCGAAGAAAGCAAAACACUGGCCUGGAAUAACAUCACCAAACUGCAGUUACACGAGCGAUAUAAAAUCCACAAAGAGGCGGUUACUGGAAUCGCAGUGUCUGGCAACGGCUCGUCCGUCUUCACCACGUCGCAAGACUCCACCCUGAAGAUGUUUUCUAAGGAAUCCAAAAUGCUACAAAGAAGUAUAUCAUUUUCAAAUAUGGCUUUAUCAUCUUGUUUGCUUUUGCCAGGAGACGCCACGGUCAUCAGUUCUUCGUGGGACAACAAUGUCUAUUUUUAUUCUAUAGCAUUUGGAAGACGCCAGGACACGUUAAUGGGACACGACGAUGCCGUUAGUAAGAUCUGUUGGCAUGACAACCGGCUGUAUUCUGCAUCGUGGGACUCCACAGUGAAGGUGUGGUCCGGGGUUCCUGCAGAAACGACAUGCCCCAAAAGACACCGGUUUGACAUGCUGGCCGAGCUGGAACACGACGUCAGUGUAGAUACAAUUAGCCUAAAUGCUGCAGGUACGAUGUUGGUCUCAGGCACCAGAGAAGGCACAGUGAGUAUCUGGGACCUCACCACGGCCACCAUACUGCACCAGAUCCCGUGCCAUUCGGGGACCAUACGUGAUGCUGCUUUUAGCCCAGACAGUCGCCACGUCCUCAGCACAGGUGCAGAUGGCUGUCUAAACGUCAUAGAUGUGCAGACGGGAAUGCUCAUCUCCUCUAUGACUUCAGACGAGCCCCAGAGGUGCUUCAUCUGGGACGGAAAUUCUGUUUUGUCUGGAAGUCAGUCUGGUGAACUGCUUGUUUGGGACCUCCUCGGAGGAAAGCUCAGUGAGAGAAUACAGGGCCACGCAGGUGCUGUGACAUGUAUAUGGAUGAAUGAACAGUGUAGCAGUAUCAUCACAGGAGGGGAAGACAGACAAAUUAUGUUCUGGAAAUUGCAGUAUUAAGUGCCUUUUCCUCUCUUGAAUGUUAAGUCGAACUCUAAUGUAUUUUUAAACCAAACUUUGAAAUCAACUGGUGAAUGUGCAAUGAUGGUAUUCGAAGUUUUACCACACGAGGUAUUUGUGGUUUUAAACUUCCAAAAUCAUGGUGACUUCGUUGAAAGCCAUUGGUCGCCAUCCUCUAAGGCGGACAAAACGUGGUGGUGGUGGUAGGGAGAAAACAUUACAUCUGUAAGGCAGGUGUUCGUCCCGGGGUGCUGAUGGUCAGACGGCAGGUUUGAGUGGCAAAGAAAAGUAGCUAAGAGAUACAAAACAGAGUUGGGAAAACUUCCAAAAAAACGCCGAGCAGCUCAGAAUUUUCCAAGAAAACGUGCAGUAUUCUCUGCUACUGCUGAGUCACGCUGUUUUGUCUUCCUUACCUACGAAAUUGCUGCCCAUUGGGUCCUUGGGUAUGUGUUUUCAUGGAGUGGUUUACUUUGUAUAACCUACUGUUCUCAGAUUCUAAGAACCUGGGGAAGGAUCAGCAAUUCUUGUAACAGUAAGUUUACUGUGUACAGGACGGUUUAUUUCAUUAUAGCUAUUAAAUGCUCAUCUUUUCUACAUUAAAAAUAUUUUUCUGUAAUGAAAGCUGUUUUCAUUUUCUUAAGUGAUUUAUCACCAAGGCUAGUGCCCUUUACGAACUUCAAGUAUUGGUCCUUCUAGAAAACCAUACUUAGUGAUGAGAAUGUCCUUCUUAUAUUUUUGGAACUGUCUUCAGAUAGUCCAAAUCCAGAGAACAAAACAAGGUAAAGUAAACGGGGAAAUGUUGUUUGGUUUGCUUUUCUAAAUCUCAAGGUAAGAUGUUAAACAGUACUGAUUUGCCUUUAUGUUAAAACUCUUCUAUGAUAUUUAAAAACAUUGUUAGGUCUUAUAGGCCGUAUCACAUGGGGGGAGAACUUGACCAGGGUAACAAGUGUCAUUAAACAUGACUCAGUCUCAGGUUUGCAAGGAGCCUCAGUGGCUUCCUGUUGCUCUGCCUGGAUGUGCACACCGGCCCUCUGAGGUUCGGAGGCGGAAGCACUUCUGACAGACGCUCCUCCUCCUCUGUCAGCACAGAGGGCUCUUCUCAGGGCCCGUGGACGUCAGCUGCUCCGGGAGACAACCCCACGGGCCUGUUUUCUAAGUCAUGCGCAAGUUUGGUGAAAUCCACGGACAGUUUCCAAAUGAUGCAAUAAAUAGGCUAAAAGUUAACUUUAUUUAUACAUAUUUAAUUAAAACGGAAUAGGCAUAAACCAAAACAAAAAACAAAAAAAUGAGGGUAAUGUGUCAUAUGCCACUUGGUUUGUAGGGAGGGGUCAGGAAAUGGAACAAAUUACCUGGAAGACAUCCUAAGGCCAUCCCGAAGUAGCUAGGUUACAUAAUGUUAGAGUAAAUGACAAAAUUAGAUACUAUUCCACUUAAUCUACAAAUGAAAAAA